GAAUGCCAGGGGUGCUGGCUCUAACUGGCUUAUUCCUGGUGCUCCUCAUCUCCGGUGCCAGGUCAGAGUCUGCAGAGCUGAGGUUCCAGGGCCAUACGGAAUUUGUGGUGAAUGAGAGUAGCAGAGCUAUAGUACGCCUCGUGGUGGAAAGGGUCGGAGACCCCAUCAAUGUCACCGCUCUAGUCCUGCUGCAAGGUGAAGACACCGGAGACUUUGAGGCCACCACUGCAGCGGCUUUCCUGCUGUCUUCCGAGUCGAGCAGAACCAUUUUUAUUGCUGUGAAGGACGAUGAUCUACCUGAAGCCGAUGAAACCUUUGUGUUUAACCUCCGACUUCAGAGUUCAUCAAAUGGUGUGACAGUUGGAACUCCAAACACAGCCAGGAUCACCAUCUUGUCCAACGACAAUGCAUUUGGAAUUAUAUCUUUCAACACAACCAGCCCGAUCACUGUGGAGGAGCCAAAAGGCAGACAUUUGUAUGUGCCUCUUACUCUUAUCAGAGAAAAGGGUACUUAUGGAUCAGUAACUGUAAAUUUUGAGAUCCUUGGAGGCCCAAACCCAGCUAGUGAGGAUUUGAGUCCAGACAAAGGAAACCUCACUAUUCCCCCUGGCCAGGCAGUAGUGAUCUUCAGUAUCCUGAUACAUGAUGAUAAGGUUCCAGAAGAUGAUGAGAUCUUCACUGUGCAGUUAACUGGAGUAGCAGGAGGUGCCUUACUGAACACCAAUGGCACAAGUGUGCAAAUCAAAAUCUCUCGUAACGACGCCCCUGUGCGCUUCUUGCAACCCUCUUUUGCUGUAUCUGAAAGUGCCGGUAUUGUAAAUCUCACUGUUACCCGUGGAAGAACUGAUGAUGGCUUUCUUAUUGGCUCUGAUGAUCGAGAAGUGUCUGUCAUGUACACUAUAGUCACCGGAAAUGGAGCAGCCAGUGCCACCUUGUUGGAGGACUUUGUGGACCUACAGCCCAGAAGGGUGGUGGUUUUCCCCCCAAGGAUUUAUGAAGCAGUUCUGCAUUUUAACAUAAUUGAUGACAAAAUUCCAGAAAUUGCUGAGUCCUUUCAGGUGGUUCUUCUGGAGGAGACACUGUUGGGUGAUGCAGUACUGGUGCCUCCUAGCUGUGUGCAGGUGACUAUCGAGCCUAAUGACAAACCUUAUGGUGUGCUGUCAAUCAGCAGUCCUCCUCCAGCACAACCUGUCAUUAUUAAUGAAGACACAACUAUGAGAUUUGAAGGCAUUACCAUAGUGAGAAAUGGAGGAACCCAUGGCCUUGUCUCUGUGAACUGGACUAUAACGCGGAACUUCACAGAUAGGACCCCUGUCUCUAGUGACCUGUCCCCAGUAUCUGGAACAUUGUUUUUUCAAGAAGGGCAAAUGAGUGCCAUCCUGCCAUUAAACAUCACUCAGGAUGACCUCCCUGAAGAAGCAGAGCCUUUCCUGCUCAGACUGAUUCCUCAAUCUGUGCAGGGCGGGGCUGAAGUAGAUGAACCUAUGGAGAUGAUAUUCUACAUUCAGGACAGUGAUGACAUUUAUGGACGAUUUGGCUUCCAUCCACGUGAAAGGCAGAGUAUUCAGAGCCAGCCUGAGGGGCGAUUCCUAUCUCUUAGCUUCUUUCGGGAAGCAGGCACCCUAGGGGAAGUGCGCUUGGCCUUUACAGCUUUCUACAUUCCUGCCGGGACCCUGGAUCCUGCAAGGGCUCGGGAUGGCGUGCUGAACGGCACCAGUGCCAACAAUCUGCUUUUCAGUUCUGGUCAGUCAAGGGUUCAGCUCAUCCUGCCCAUACGUAAUGAUGCCUUCUUGCAGAACGGAGCCCGUUUUCUCAUACAGCUGGACAGUUUGCAGCUGGUGAACAUCACAACUCCUAUACCCUCAGUGAGCCCUCGCUUUGGAGGAGCUAUCAACAUCUCCCUGCUUAUCACACCUGACAUUGCUAAUGGAGAGAUCGGGUUCACCAGUAACCAGACAGUCGUGGCAACAGAACCUGAGGAUUCUAACACCAGCAUGAUCAUUCUUUCCUUAAGACGAGAUGGGACAGAUGGGCAGGCUGUGGUCUUCUGGAGUAUACUAGCUGUUGGAGAGAACAGAGCUGAUGUUACCAGAACUGACCUUUCACCUUUCAGUGGUUCUAUCACAUUUUUAACUGGACAAAGUGAAGCAAACAUCUCCAUCACUAUCAUGGCUGAUAAUGUUCCAGAGAUUAACGAAACGGUCCUACUUACAUUAGACAGGACAAAUACGGAGAACCAAAUUCUAAAGUCUGGUUUUACCAGCCAGGAGAUUGUCAUACUAGAGAAUGAUGACCCUGGUGGAGUCUUUGAGUUUUCAUCAGUAUCUAGAGGCCCCUGGUUCAUCAACGAGGGAGAAACAGUAGAGCUAAGAGUUAUCAGACAGCAAGGCCAGCUGCUGAACCAGCUGGUGAGAUACACAGUGACCCCUUCCGGAAAUGAGGAUUUUUAUGGGGCCAUAGGAAUCCUAGAGUUCCAGCCUGGAGAAAGAGAGGUGGUGGUGGCUUUAGUAGCCAUACCUGAUGGGCUUCCAGAGCUGGAUGAGAUGUUUGCAGUAGUUCUCAGCAGUCACAGCACUCCAGCUAGUCGCCUGGGUAACAACAGGCAGGUCAACAUCACUGUGCGUAAAAGUGAUGAUCCUUUCGGCAUACUCCAGUUUAUACAACCACAACUAAUGUUCUCCAUCAAUGAAAGUAAAGAAAUGGACAUUCAUUCAGCAUCCUACCCUAUUGUGAGGGGGAGGGGCCGAUUUGGGAAUGUGUCAGUCCUCUGGAAUCUUGAGCCCACCUUCUCAGGAGAUGUCACCCCAGUCCAAGGGGAAGUGGUCUUUACUGCUGGAGAGUAUUUGAAAAACAUCACUAUUUUCUCCAAGCCUGAUGAGGUGCCUGAAGAUAUAGAGAACUUUACCAUCACACUCAUCAAUGCGACUGGAGGUGCUAGACUGGGAAAUAUUCUAAAUGCAUCCUUACAGAUUAAUAAGAAUGAUGAUCCCAUUUACUUUGCAGAACCAGUCAUGCAGAGGGUCAGAGAGAGUGGUGUUGCAAAUUUCACUAUUCUGAGAGCUGGACUGGCCAAUUUCGUAGCCACAGUCAUGUACCGGUUUGAGCUUGGAGACUCAUCACCGGGAGAUUUUAUCGCUUUAAGUAAUGACUCACUGCUUGUGUUUGACUAUGGGGAAUGGAUGAAGAACAUAUCAGUCACUGUAUGGGAUGAUGACAUUCCAGAGACAGAUGAACCUUUUUAUAUUGUGCUAUUCAAUGCUACAGGAGAUGCUGUGGUUUAUGGAAAGGAUAUUGCCACGGUAGUGAUUGAAGCCAACGAUGAUGCCAAUGGGAUAUUCUCUCUGGAUGCUACUGAGAAGCCUGUGGAGGAAGGGAAGUCCAACAACUUCUAUGUUAUUAGGAAUAGAGGGCACUUUGGCAAUGUUACAGUCUUCUGGCAGCUGUUUGCCAAUUAUACUCCACUUGAGCCCAGUCAGGAGUUUGUCAACACAUCUGGAUUUAUAGUCUUCACCACAGGAGAGAAAUCCAAGUCGAUAGUCCUGGAGGCCAUCUCUGACAAGCUCCCAGAGUUCAAUGAGUUUUUUGAGCUGCGUUUAAUGAACAUAUCAGGUGGUUAUCCUGGUGAAGGUGGCAAACUGGCUACAAAAGAUCUCAGUGCUUCUGUCCUCAUCCCUUUCAACGAUGAUCCUUUUGGGGUGUUUGCUAUAGACAAAGCCAACCUGGACCAAGAGGUAGCAGAGGACAUUCUAUCUGUGGAUGACACACCUUCAGUUACAUCCUUCACUAUACUCCGCCAGCAAGGAACUUUCGGAGAUGUUCGCGUGUCAUGGGAGAUCCUAUCUGAAGCCUUUCCACAAGGUCUACCACCGAUGCAGGACUUUAUCUUGAUGGCCACAUUCCCCGAAGCUGUCAAGUUCCAGCCCCAUGCAAGAAGGCACCAUUCUGGAACAGAUGCAUUUUUCUUUUCUGGCCUCUCUGGAAGUUAUGGAACCAUUACUCCAAAAACUGAUGAUAUCCCUAGCAAACUAGCUAACUUUACAUUCUCCGCCUGGCUAAUGCCAAAACCCAACACUGAUGGGUUUAUUGUUUCAAAGGGAAAUGGCAAUGGAACUAUGUAUUACGGAAUAAAAGUGCAGACGAACGAGUCUCAUGUUAGUGUGAUGCUACAUUACACAACCGUAGGCUCUAACAACACCCAAGUGGCAAAAGCCAUAGCAAUGAAAUUUGUGGAAGAUAAUGUAUGGGUUCAUGUCAUUGUUGCACUGGAAGACGGAAUUAUUGAGUUUUAUUUGGAUGGCAACCCAAUGUCUGGAGGAAUUAAGAGUCUCAAAGGAGAAGCCAUUAUGAAUGAUGCAGCUCCUGUAAACAUCGGCUCUGACCUUGAUGGACAUCAGCUUUUCACAGGUGUACUGCAGGAUGUCCGUCUCUAUUCCAUACGUCUCAACCAAUCACAAAUCCAUGAGCUCCACGGUCAGCCUGCAAAAACUGACUUCCGUAAUGUGGCUGGAUACUUGGCAUAUUGGCAGGGAGAGAAGCUCAAAUCUUUUAUCGUGGAAACACGUGAUGACCGGGAAGAAGAGGGAGAGGAGGUCUUUUACCUGCAGUUGGUGGCUGUUCACGGUGGAGCCCGGCUGCCCAUGCCUCGCCCUACUGCCAGGAUAAGGAUUAUGAAAAGCGACAAUGCCAACGGGCUGUUUGGUUUUACUGGACCGUGCAUUCCUGAUAUAUUGGAGGAGGGCUCCACUGUUUCCUGCAUAGUAGAGCGCACACGUGGUGCUCUGGACUCAGUCUAUGUAAACUACACUGUGACACAGCUCGGUUCUCCUGCUAGGUCACCCAACGUCUCGGACUUUGCCAAACCCACAGGCUCUGUCUUCUUCCUCCCAGGUCAACCGUCUAAGGUAUUGAACCUGCAGGUAUUAGAUGAUGAUCUUCCUGAGUUUGAUGAGUAUUUCCAAGUCAAGCUAGUGUCAGCCCAAUCAGGAGAUGGGAAACCAGGUUCUACCCCAACCAGUGGAGCCAGCAUUGAUUUUGACAAUGCCAUCAAUAAUGUUACCAUCAAAGCCAGUGAUCAUCCUUAUGGUUUGCUGCAGUUUCAGACUGCUCCUGUCACUCAGGAGAUGAUCAGACCAGCUAUUCAGGAGGCCCAUAUAACUGUAAACGAAGAGGCUGGCAUUGUCAAACUUCCGGUGGCCAGAGCACAGGGCCUGCUGGGUAGAGUGUUAGUGGCUUAUCGUACAACACCAGUCACUGCCAUUGGCUCAGAGGACUAUGAGAACGCAGAGGGGUUGCUGGAUUUUUUGCCAGGUGAGAGGCUCAAAUAUAUCAAUUUGACCAUAAUUGAUAACUCAGUGCCAGAGCUGGACAAAGUCUUUAGAGUGGAACUGUACAACCCACAGGGAGGAGUGGACAUGUUCUAUGGGAGUGGGGACAGUGGAAGUGGAGAGAGUGACAUUGAUUUCUUCCUUCCACCCUUUCACUAUCAUUCUGCCAACUUGGGACUUGCAUCACACAUCACUGUGACCAUUUCUGCUUCUGAUGAGGCUCAUGGUGUCUUCCAGUUCAGUAACAACUCUGUCUCUGUGAAUGGAACUGAGCCAGAAGAAGGUCGGAGUAAUGUAAUGCUUCAGGUUAUUCGGACUUUUGGCACUCUUUCCAAUGUCACUGUAUACUGGCAAGCAGAUUCAGACUCAGAAGGAGAACUUAUCAACAGAUCUGGCAUCUUGACCUUUACUGUAGGACAGACCAUUGGAAACAUUUUUCUUCAUAUUUCCCAAGAUGAUACUCCUGAACUGGAUAAGAAUUUUAAAAUCCGUCUAUUAAAUGUUUCUCAUGGACGGCUUGGAAGCCAGACUGUUUCCACACUCACUGUGCUGGCUAGUGAUGACCCAUAUGGGCUGUUCUUGUUCUCAGAAGGUAGCAGGCCAAUCAGAGUAGCAGAAGCAGACACUCUGGUUGUUUUGACAAUACAACGGAUGAAAGGACUGAUGGGAAGAGUGCAAGUGACUUACAGGACACUGAGGGAUACAGAUCCAGGGCCCUAUCCAACACCUGGCCUGGGCAGGGCAAGUGCCAGGAAUGAUUACAUCCCAAUUUUGGAGUCAGUAACAUUCUCCAUCAAUCAGAGUGAAGCAAAUGUAACUGUCAGGAUUCUGGAUGACAAGGAACCUGAGAGGGCAGAGUCUGUGUUUGUUGAACUUAGCAGUGUUACAUUGGUGGAAGGUGCACAGACACGACCAGUUGCUCUGUCACCUCAGCUUGGACUGAGAAAUGUCUCAGUGGCUCAGGUCAUUAUAGAGGCCAGUGAUGAUGCCUUUGGUGUGCUUCAGCUCUCUUCUACAUCUGUAAGUGUGCCUGAGUACUAUGUAGGACCCAUAAUAAAUGUAACACGCACCGGGGGGAUUUUUGCUGAUGUGUCAGUGAAGUUCCGGGCCAUACCCAUGACUGCACGUGUUGGUGAAGAUUAUAGUGUGGCCUCCUCUGAUGUAGUCCUUCUGGAAGGCGAGAGCAGUAAACCAGUCCCAAUCCUUAUUAUCAAUGACAUGGUACCUGAAUUGGAGGAAACCUUUCGCAUUGAGCUUCUUAACCAGACUACUGGUGGAGCUUUCUUGGGCGAGCUCACUCAGGCAAUCAUCACUAUCCUGCCUUCUGAUGAUCCAUAUGGGUCCUUUGUUUUUCAGGCUGCACCAGUUACAGUAGAGGAGCCAAUGGUGAAUGCUAUAGAAGUAUCUUUGCCUAUUGUGAGGAAUGCUGGGACUAUUGGUUAUGUUAGUGUUAAAUGGCAGGCGACGAUAAAUGGCAGACCUGCAACAGGUGAUAUUCAACCUCUGUCUGGAGAAGUCAGUUUUGCUCCAGAUGAAACUAUGCAGACACUAAUAAUAGAGAUUUUGGCGGAUGAUGUGCCAGAAAUUGAAGAGAUCAUCAAGCUAGAGCUUAUUGGAGCCACAAAUGGUGGAAGCAUCGGACUUGAAAACAUGGUGAACAUUAUUGUGCCUGCCAAUGACAAUCCCUAUGGCACAGUGCAGUUUCUGCAAGCGAUAUAUCGAGUGCAAGAGCCUUUGGAAGGCAUGUACCUUGCCAACAUAUCUGUUCAAAGAAGUGGAGGUAAUUUUGGCCGUCUAGAGAUUUUUUAUAGCACCUUUGAGAUUGAUGUGGUCACUUAUGCCCAGAAAAAUGGCUAUAACUUCCGCAUCUACUACAAUUCCCCCUUGGCCGGGGCACCCUCUAGUGCCAUACAAAGGCCUAUCAACAUUACCACAACCAGUGACCCUCUGAACUUCUGUGCAGCCUUCUGCCUUCGGACACGUGCCUGCCAAGCUUUUUCUUUUAUUAACGCCUCAACUGCAACAUGCUUCUGGGUAACCACAUCCGCAAACCAGCUUUCCGCUGCUGCCCAAACCCUCACUUAUAUAAAAAAUACCACUGCAGCUGCUUCUCUCUUUAGCUCACAGGCAACUGCCGGGAGUGACUAUGUAACCAUGAUAGGACAAACAGCAACCAUGUUGGAUGGUUUCAGUAUUGCCAACCUCACUGUGCCAAUUCUUUCCGAUUCUUUGCCAGAGAUGGAUGAGAGUUUCAUGAUACAAAUUUUGAAGGUUGGCCUUGUUAAUAUGACUGUUGCUGAGAAACACUUGCCCACGGUUAGACAACCGGACACAGCUACUGUGACCAUAGGGAUGAACGGUGAUGCUUUUGGGGUGUUUAAACUAUACAGUGUAAACCCCAGUGCUACUCAGAAUGGAUUGUAUCUGGAGGUAAGAGAGGAGCCUGGAACAAGAGUGCUGCUGGUCAUUGAAAACGGAGGCAGUCUAGGCCGUGUUACAGUGGAGUGGAUGAAUGUUGGUGGCACUGCAAGGCCAAAUGCUGAUUUUAAUGGCACUGGGGAGACCCUCAUCUUUGCGGAAGGUGAUGUGAGGAAAACAAUCGAGUUCAUCAUCACAGAUGACACAGAGCCAGAAGACAAUGAAACCAUGCAGAUUGGUUUAGUAGGGACUGAAGGUGGCAGUCGUAUCCUGCCCAGCUCUGAUACCGUCACCAUCCUCAUUCUUGCCAAUGACCAUGCAGCUGGCCUGGUGGGCUUCCACCCAGCGUCUCGAUCAGUCAUCGUUAAAGAGGGGGAGAGGGUGCCAUUACAUGUGCAAAGGACAGCUCCUGCUAUAGGUAAUGUCACUGUGGAGUGGAGGAUCGAAGGUCCCCAAGCCUUACUUACGUUUGUGGAAACCUCUGGUAUUCUGUUCUUCCCGGAGCAUGUGUUAAAUGACACGAUAGUACUGCAGCUACUAGAUGAUGGCAUUUCUGAGGAAAAAGAGGAGUACAGAGUUAUACUCUCUAAAAUUCAGACUAAGGGUGUAACAGUUACAGGUGAGGCAGCUGUGGACGCUGAGGGUCAUGAGGCAGUGGUGAGCGUAGCAGCCAGUGAUGAGCCAUUUGGCCUGCUGAGGAUUGCUCCAUCCUCUCUCAACAUCUCCACUGAUGAAAAAGACAUCACGCUCAGGAUUUACAUUAACAGAGAGUUUGGAGCUUCAGGAUCAGUGAACAUCAGCUAUGAGACAGUUAAAGGUUCCCUGCAGGACUUGAGGCUGGUUGAUGGAGCUCUGGCAGAACCCGGUCAGGAUUUUCAACAUGUCUCCAGCUUUGUGGUCAUGCAGGAUGGUCAGACCUCAGUGUCCAUCCCAAUAACUAUAAUAGAUGAUGACAUCCCUGAGUUGAAGGAAUUUUUCCUGCUCAACAUAACAUCAGCUGUUCUGAUAACUUCAGUUCCAACUGCGCCUUCGCUAGAUACUCAAGGUCUGGUGGCUGAAAUUAGCAUUAAUGCUAAUGAUGGAAUUCAGGGUAUCAUCAGUUGGCAAAGCACAAACUAUAAAGUGAACGAGACAAUCGGAGCAUUGUCUUUAGUGGCUUAUCGGGAUGCAGGGACAUACGGGAACGUCUCUGUCUUUUUCUAUGCUCAAAAUCUAGAGGCUCAGCUGGGUCUGGACUUCAGUUCUACAGCUUCAGUGCUUCAUUUUGCAAAUGGAGAGAGGUACAAGUUUGUAGAGGUGUUGAUCUUGGAUGAUCCUAUUCCAGAAGGAGAUGAGGAGUUUCAGCUUAUUUUAACAAACCCAUCACCGGGGCUCGAGCUUGGAAAGAACGUUACUGCAACAGUGACCAUAUUAGCCAAUGACGAUGGCCAUGGAAUCAUUUCCUUUAACAACAGUGAGCACUACCUGCUGCAGGAGCCCACCUCAAUGUCAGGUCUGGGACACAGUGUGGCUAUGCUGAGUGUUGUAAGAAAUCCUCCACAGGGGAUAUUUGGGACAGUUACGGUGCAGUUCUCUAUUAGUGAUGCUAAUGGAACUUUGAACACUGAAGACCUCACACCUUCUGAAGGAUUUGUGGUGUUGGAAGAUGGGGUUCGGUUUAAGACUCUGGAGAUCUGGGCCGUUCUUGAUGCAGAACCAGAAAUGAAUGAAACUUUCCGAGUAUCUCUGUUUAAUCCUACUGGUGGAGCACGACUAGGAGAACCUUUAGAGACCUUUAUCACUGUGUUACAGAACCAAGCUCCACUGGGGCUUUUUAGAAUAUUUCUUUCUAGCAACAGGACUCUAAACUCGUUAAUAGUUGAAGAGACUGUCGGGACUGUGUAUUUGACAGUGGCUCGCAGUAAUGGUCUGGAUUCUGCAGUCAGUGUGGAAUUUGAGACAAACUCAGAUGCAGCCUUUGGCAUGAGGGGAGAUUACUCACAGUUAGCAGUGUACCAGCGCUUCCGAGAAACCGGGCCUUUAGGAUGGUGUUCUGUGUUUAAUGGAAACUCCUCUCUGCUCUUGAUGCUCAUGCAGGACCAGGUCACCCUCUACAGGUGGCAAGGAGUAUUUGUGUCGAUUCAGAAUGUGAGCAUGCAGAGGCCGGGCUCUUGUGUGGGUUUUACAGUAAAUGGCACCACGUAUGUGGCAGUGGCCCACGAAGACACCGCGAAGUCUCCCGCUGCCAAUGUCAGCAUAUUUCUCCUCCAGCCAGACCUCAAUCUUACUCUAGCACAUACCAGAGCUGUGGGAAAUCGUGAUGUUAAACAUUUCUCUGUCCAGGCUAGAGAAUAUUUUAUUGCACUGAAUCAGGUAUUUGUGUGGACUGGAAACUCUCUAUCCCUUCAUCACACCCUGGAAAUUCAGGACAUCACCACACUCGCUCCCUUCACUCGAGCAAACAGGAACAUCCAGCAUUUAGUGGCAUGCAGGGGAAGAAAUUCAUCCAGCUGCCUCGUCUACCAGUGGAUUAACAGCAGCUUUCAAAACCCCCAGCCGCUGGCAAUCGGCGCCAACGUCAAACAAGUGGAGUCCAUACACACGGGAGGGGAGACGUUCCUGCUAGUCGCUACAGAAGGUCCAAACCCCACAUGCGAGGUGUUGUUAUGGAGUUCUCAGCAAAUCUUCUUUCAGUUUGCACAGUCCAUUCCUUUCCCAGGCCUUUCUUCAGUCCAUGCUUUUACUCCUCCAUCUGGCAUAUUGCAUCUCUUACUCGCUGGGAAAAACGACUCGGCACUGUACAUGUGGAAGCCUGAACUGAUCCAGUUCACUAAAGUGCUAAAAUCCUCAUCCGCUCAGCAGUUCCUCUAUUUGUCCGUCCCUUCCUUUAAUGUGACAAAGAGCCUGAUCAUAGCUACACAAGGAUCAGCGUCUGCCAUAUAUGAGUUGAUCGCCGUGUCCAACCAGUCUGACUUUAUCCCCCGUUCUGCUGAGCUCUUCUUCCAGCCCGGAGUAAGCGAAUUAGAGAUAGCCGUAAACAUAGUUGAUGACGAUACUCCAGAAGUGGAAGAAGGUUUCCGUGUGAGCCUCAAGAACCCUAAAGGAGGUGCUGAGAUUGGCUUUCAUAGCCAAGUCACUCUGAUCAUUUCAGCUAAUGAUGAUGCCUAUGGAGUUAUUGGCUUUACCCAGAGCUCUCUGUCUGUGGAGGUGGAGGAGCUGGAUAUGGAUAACCUGUUCUCUCUUAGAUUGGAGAGGAGAAGAGGCACUUUUGGGAGGCUCACUGUGCGCUGGGCGGCCAAUGGAAGCCUGCAGGAUAUUUCCCCAACGUUCGGAGUGGUAACAUUUUCAGAGAGUCAGACCGUAGCCACCAUCUCGCUAACUGUAUUAGCUGAUGGUAUUCCAGAACUAGAAGAGAAGGUGGCUAUUAUACUAACAGAUGUCACAACAGUUGGAGUUGUGGAUUUAUCCAAGAGAGCCGUCAUUGACCCACAACGUGCCAGAGCCGAGGUCACUAUCAAGGCUAACGGCUCUCCAUACGGAGUGAUCGGGUGGCACCUAGACUCCCAGAAUUUUAUCACAAGCGAGCCUCUAAAAAGCCCAAGCAAUAUCACAUUGAGUAUUGUGAGAGAUCAGGGAGCAUCUGGGAAUGUGGUGGUCCACUACACAACCAGACCUGCGCUCUCAUUGCCACCUGUCAAUCAAGCCAGUGAGGGUCAGGACUACGAUGCCAAACAGGCUAGAGUUAUCAUGAUGGAGAAUGCAACUGUUGCCCUCGUAACCAUCACCAUUUUACCGGAUGAUAUUCCAGAAUUGGCUGAGACAUUUUUGGUGAACAUUACUGGUGUGGAGUUAAUGGGGAAUCAGAGUGGGGCAGGCCAGCCCAGAAUCAGGAGGCCUGGAAUGGAGAUUGCUGAGAUCACAAUUCAAGAAAAUGAUGACCCCAGGGGAGUCCUUCAGUUUAAUGUGUCUAAGGAUGCUACUGGAUUAGUGUUUGCCCAUGAGGUUCCUCCACCUGGUAAUAUCCUUUAUCUGCCAGUGGUCAGGCUUGCUGGUCGAACUGGACGGCUAGUUCUAUUCUGGGAAGUUCAAACAGUCAUUGCCACCGUUGACGACUUCACCCCAUCUUCAGGCAACCUCACAUUUCAAGAUGGACAGGGAAGCGGUAUAAUCGAGAUCACCAUUAUUGACGACACUCUUGUGGAGCCUAUGGAAACAUUUCUGGUCAAACUCACACAGGUGGUAGGAGGAGCCAGACUGGGAACGGACGCGUCUGUUUUGGUCAACAUCCCCGCCAAUGAUUCACCUCUGGGUCGCUUUGGAUUUCAGGAACUGACAACAACUGUCUCGGAGCCCCAGUUUCCUGGUGACCCUGUAUCCAUGGUUAAUCUGACAGUGGUGAGAAGUUCAGGUGGAGAGGGAACGGUUUAUCUCAUCUGGCUUCUGGAGCAGCAGGGGAGAGAUGAUCUGCAACCUCAUAAUGGAUCUCUUGUGUUUAAUGGGAGUGAGUCGAGAAAAUCUGUGUUGUUCCAGGCUUUGGCUGAUGCCGUGCUGGAGGGUGAAGAGAGGUUCACAGUCCAGCUUCUUUCUGCUAGAAAUGAGGCUGUUAUUGACCCCACCAGAAACCUGGCGACAAUUGUGAUUAGGGCUGACCGUGAAGCUCUGGGUAUCAUUGGCAUUGCGGAUUCUUCUCGUAAUGUACUUAUUGGAGAACCUCAGGGCAUGUACAAUGGCACUGCUUUCAUCAGUCUUGAAAGAGGGCCAGGCAUUUUUGGAGAGAUAGAGAUAUACUGGAACAUCACGCCAGCUACUGCCAAUGAGUUUGUGGAGAACUCAGGAAAAGUGAUAAUGAGAGAUCGCCAGUCUGCAGCAACCAUUCAGCUGAUGGCUGUGGAUGAUGAUAUUCCAGAGGAAAAGCGUGUGUAUGAGCUGAGUCUCACUUCACUAACUCCUGGUGCAGACAUUAACUUGAAUCGACAGCGUGCAAACAUCACUAUGGCAGCCAGUGACCUUCCUUAUGGCCUCUUCUCCUUCACCCAGUCCUCACUAAGUGUAAUGGAAGAUGAGAGAUCAGUGAACAUCACAGUGGUACGCUCCAUGGGGCUGCUGGGUAACGUGUUGGUGAAUUACUACACAGAGGGCCAAUCUGCAGUGAGUGGGUUGGACUUUGAGCAGGCAUCAGGCAGAAUACUGUUCGGCCCAGGCCAAAGCUCCAGAGUCAUUAUGCUAAAGAUCGUGGAUGAUUUACUAGCAGAGGGACCUGAGGACUUCUACCUAAGCAUCAGCGAGGUCCAUCUUCUCAAUGACAGUGCACUCAACUUUACCAUAAGAGAAAACGGAUUCCAAAUAGACCAGCCUCCAGCCAUAGGCAAUAUUUCCUUCAUCAGAAUCAUCAUCCAGAAGAAUGACAAUGUUGAAGGCAUCUUGGAGUUUGACCCUUCUUACAUUAACAUCACUGUUGAGGAGGACGUUGGCACUUUCUCUGUCCCUGUACUGAGAAGAGUGGGUACAUACGGGCAGGUCAGCAUCGACUACAUAACCAGAAGCUUGACUGCACUGUCUGGCUCAGAUUACAUCCUAUUUAAUGGGACUAUAACCUUCAGGCAUGGCCAAAAUGCCAGCAGUAUUAACGUCUCUAUAGUGGAUGAUCUGGACAGGGAAUCUAAUGAGGUGUUUGAAAUCCAGCUCGUCGCAGCUUCAGGAGGAGCAAUUCUGGGCACACGACUUAUUGCUCAGAUCACCAUUGCUAAAAGCGACUCACCCAGCGGAAUGGUCCGAUUCGUCAAUCAAACCAUGAUCUCUAUCUCAAACCCUGACCGCACUCUUAAGCUCAUCCUCGUUCUGGAGCGUUUUGGAGGGGUGGUGGGUGAUGCUAUGAUAACGUGGAACAUUUUAGGACCCAACACAAACGAAGUAUUGCCGUCUGUAAACACAGAUUUUGGUGAACCUGUAAAUGGAUCGUUCCACUUCAGAGAUGGGCAAGGGGGAACACGUAGCUUCGAGCUACAGAUUCUGCCUCAUGGUGAGGUGGAAGUGGAGGAAACAUUCAUUAUUAAACUCAGCCACGUGUUUGGAGACAUGGAUGUUGACCCAAGAGCAGGCGCUGUCACACUGCGGAUUGCAAAGUUUGGUGAUCCAAAUGGCAUUGUUCAGUUCACUGAGCAGGAUCUGAGAGAGCGUGUUUAUAGUGAACCUGCAGACUAUGAAGCUCCGCUUAACAUCUCUCUCCUUAUUACACGAAGAGAAGGAGUGAUGGGAAAUAUCACUGUAUUCUGGGAGAUCCUCAGUGACGCAGACACAACAGGUGACUUUCUCACUCUCCGUGGUUCAGUUACCAUUCUGGCAGGUCAGCGGCUAGCAGAGAUCAUCCUUACCCUGCUGCCUGACCCUGUGCCUGAGCUCGAGGAGGUCUACACAGUUCACUUGAGUUCAGUGGAGGGUGGCGCUGAAAUCGACGCCAACCGCAGCAGUGUUCGCCUCCGGGUCCGUGCCAACGAUGAGCCACAUGGAGUGUUUGCCCUUUUCAGUGAGCACCAAAAACUACUUGUGAAUUCCACUGACCACAGCAGGUAUCUGGUGCUAAACAUUAGCAGGCUGGCUGGAACAUUUGGCAAUGUCAGUGUCGGAUACCAGAUCAGCUAUCCCACUCUGGGCCAGAACUUCACCGAGGACAGAUCUGUUGGGAGCUUUGUGGUAAAGGAUGGGGAGAAGUCUGCAAGUAUCACUGUGCCAAUUAGCACACAGGUUUUUUUUGUAACAGGUUUUAACAUAACAAUGCAGUUAAUGAAUGUGAGCCUGAUAGGACCUUUGCUCAGUUCUCCUCCUCGCGUGCAGCUGGAGGCGAGAAUUGCCAUCUUGUCUGUACCUGAAGAGGCUGCUAAUGCUGAAGUGGGCUUUGCCUCCUUGGACCUGCAGGUGUCUGAUAUCAGGAGCGGCCGUUGUGAUGCGUUAGUCAGCAGGACAGGUCUCUAUGGAGACGUGACUGUGCAGUGGAGAGCUGGAUUCCCUCCUGGACAGACUCCAUCAGGCUACCAGCCUGGAACAAUCACUCCCAGCUCAGGCACUGUGACCCUGCUUCAUGGCCAGAAAAGCAAAAUCAUAUCUUUUAUAGCUGAGAAUAAUAUGUCUUUGCCUGUUGCACAUGCAGUUCACCUGACUACUAUAGAAUCUGUGUCACCAGGAGGAGCCAGAUUCAGACCUGGAUACACUGUGGCAGAGGUGGAGUCACUGGGACUCUAUCAGUUCCAUCCUGACUUUCAGAAGCUGGCUAUUACAGAGGAUGCGCACAUUGUCACUAUCUAUGUCCAACGCCUCUAUGGCUUUCGCACCAACCGCACCCAGGUCUACUACAAGACCUGGCCUGGUAGUGCCCAUCCUGGGGAAGAUUUUACUCCAGUGCAUGAUGGGCAGCUACUCUUUGAAGGCCGGCAAACAUCUGCCGCCAUCAACAUCUCCAUUCUAGAUGACUCGCUGAUGGAACCUGAUGAGACGUUUUAUGUUAACUUGACCGACAUUAGAAUUAUCAGCGCACACUAUACUUCUGUUAGUGCCUGUCCACUUAUUGUAGCUGAAAACAGUAUUUCUGCUGUUACCAUACUCGGCAAUGACGUCAUCAUUGGAUUUGGAUUGUUAAGUAUUGGCCCAGCAAUGAGUCGCACUUAUGAAGACACACAAGAGGGGACACAACCUCAGAAAGUUGUUCUAAGAGUACGCAGGACAGCAGGGCAAACAGGAGUGGUAAGUGCCCGGGUUCGGGUUUAUGACGGUGGUCAUGUUUCACCGGAGCUGCAUGGUGCUCCAUUCCUUCUGGAACACAACGGGACAUGGGCGAGGGAAGGGAACGAUUUUAGACUUGAGUCACAGACGGUCACGCUGUUGGAGGGGCAAACAGAGGCGGAGGUCAGCCUCUUUAUUCUAGAUGACCAAGAGCCCGAAGGACAGGAGGUCUUUUACAUCUACCUCAGCGAACCAGAGGGAGGAGCACAGAUUGUCAGCUCGCCAGAUGAGAGUGGCAUCACUUUUUUUGCAAAAAUUAUUAUUCUAGGGAGUGAUCUUCAUAACGGCAUUGUGGGCUUUACUCUGAGUUCUCAGACAGGCCAGGUUCUGGACGAAGACUCGGACAACAGGACAACCAUACUUUUUAUCCAGAGGCAAGAAAACAGAGCAUUUGAGGAUGUUUUCGUGUCUUGGCGGGCCACGUUUAAUCUUACAGCUCCAGCAUUGCUCAGUCAGGGGGUUAAUCUGACACAAGAGCUGCAGCAGACUUCAGGCAGGGUGCUGUGCAGGAGAGGACAGGUCCUCUGUCUACUUCAUCUGGAGAUCCGACCAGAUCAGGAGCCGGAGUUCCAGGCGUGGUUCCUGGUGGAGAUCUAUGAAGUAGGAGAUGGUGCUGCUAUUAAUCAGAGUGCCCGCAUUGCUAACAUCACCAUGCUGGAAAGUGAUGACCCAAGGGGGCUGGUGUAUUUUGCUGUGGGCUCCCGGCUACCUGUGGCCAUGCUCAGAGCAAACAGUGUCACUCUGCAGGUCUAUAGGGAGGGCAGUGUGGCCUCAGCUAUAUCUGUGAAAUACCAGUUGCAGGAGCUGUUGAAGGCUGAGUCCGUUGGUCCCAAUCUGAUCUGGCCUGCCGUGGCUGAUUUAGAUUUCAUCAUGGCAAGCGGUGAGCUGACAUUUGACAUUGGCCAACACAGUGCUGGUCUGGACAUCACCCUCACACCCAACAUCGGCUCGUCAAACCCCACACCCAAGCGCUUUCGUGUAAUUCUUUCCGAUGUCACUGGAGGUGCCCGAGUCCACCCGGUGUAUGGGAUGGCAAAUGUGACUCUGGUUUCAGACUCUGAAACCCAGGCAGUGUGGGCAUUGCUGGAACAGCUCCAUCAACCCCUGGAUGAAACGCUGAUUAACCGUGUACUGCAGGGGAUUAUUAAUAAAGUCAGCAUAGACUUGACACAUGAACAGAUGACCGCUGUGCUGGAUGCAGCAGGGAAGAUCUUGAGUGAAGCCGAGCAGACACCUUUGAAAGACAGCAGCCGUGCUUUGACCCGUGACCUCCUUUGCUCUCUUGCCAAACCAAGCCGCGCAGACACACGAGGUCUGAGUUUUUUGGCCACAGUAGCUGAGCGUUUUGCCUUCUCACUUGUUGCUGACACACCAUGCAGCACUGAUGGCCAGAGAGGAAAGAUCCUGGAUACUUGUCCUUACUUUACUAUCACAGCAUACCACUGGUAUCCCACAGACAUCAACGCACACACCUUUACAGGGACAAACGGCGACACCUUAACCCUGCCCGAUGCCCUGCUGGAAGUACCAGUGCUGCCUGCGGGUGGCAUGUCUCCCUUGGCCUGCCAGAAGAUACACUUCAUUGAGUACCACACUGAGCACUGGUUCCUUACUAACACAAAAGCCAGCGCUCUCAACGACAAGGUAUUCUCUGUUAGUUUACAGGGCCGGGGUUCCAGACCCUUAGGAGACGGCAAAGAAGUUGUGUACCGCAUUCACACACCAAACCCCUGGGUGAAACCCCGGCAAUCUCUGUGCCUUCUGUGGAACCAGGCAGCUGAGAGCUGGCUGUCUGAUAGUCAGUUCUGUCGAGUGAGAGACGACAGCGGGGACUUCGUGGAGUGUGCCUGUUCACAUCUGUCUAUCUACACAGCGUCAGCCGAGAUCGACUCUCUGUCUUUAUACAAUGAGGCUUUUUACGCUGCAGGCUUCAUCUGCAUUUCAGGCUUUGCCUUGGCCAUCAUAUCUCAUGUGCUGUGCUCCAGAUUCCCUAUGUUUGCUGCCAAACUGCUCACACACAUGAUGGUGGCCUGCUUAGGGACACAGAUUUGCUUCCUCGUAUCAGCAUUCAGAGGGCGAAUGUUCUCAGAUGACAGCUGUGCAACCCUAGGCCUCUUCUUCCACUACUUCCACCUCACUCAGUUCAGCUGGAUGCUAAUUCAGGCUGUUAACUUCUGGCAGACCCUGGUGAUGAAUGACGAACACACAGAGAGACGCUAUCUGCUUUACUUCCUGCUGAGCUGGGGACUUCCUGCUCUGGUCAUCAUUAUUCUGGUCACGGUGCUGCUCGGCGGUUAUAGUUGGAGCAUUCAUGAUGUCUACGGACUGGUACAGGGAGAGCUGUGUUUCAUCCCAAAUGUGUACACAGCUCUCUGUACAGCUGCUUUUAUUCCUGUUAGCUGUGUAGUGGGAGUGUUGGUGGUCUUCAUCCAUGCUUAUCAUGUUACACAGCAAUGGAAAGCCUAUGAUGAUGUCUACAGGGGCCGAACCAACAGCUCAGAGGUUCCCAUGGUGCUGUACUUGUAUGCUUUGGUCUCACUGGUGUGUUUGUGGGCUGGCCUGCACAUGGCGUACAGGUAUCUCUGGAUGCUUAUUCUUCUCGUCAUCUUCAACAUCUUGUUGGGUCUGUACGUGUUUGCUGUCUACUUCCUCAUGCAUAACCAGCUGUGCUGGCCUGCCAAGGCGACUUAUACAGUGGAGAUGAACGGACAUGAUGGUGCUGACGGAGUGUUUCAGAGCACUGGAGCAGCCACAGUGGGGGGAGGAGAAAUCAGCAAGUCUACGCAAAACCUCAUCAGUGCCAUGGAGGAGAUCUCAGCAGACUGGGAGAGAACUUCUUUACAGCCGAGCAUUGAACCCAGCAGUGUGUUUAAAGAAACCCCUCAGAGUGACACCUACCCUCCCGAAAGUGGCUUUGUUAAUGCAAAUCUCAUCCAAGAUGAGGAGUCCCAGGAGUUUGAUGACCUUAUAUUUGCCUUAAAGACCGGUUCCGGUCUUAACUUGAGUGACAGCGAGUCGAUCCAUGGCAGUCACGAUGGCGCGAGCGUGGCCAACUCCCAGAUCGUUGAGCUCCGGCGCAUUCCCAUCGCAGACACACACCUGUAACCUUGCUGCUUUUAUACUAAAUCCAUAUAAACCAGCCAGCAGUAUUUAUGUACUGUUACCACCUUUGCACUAAAUUGACCAGUUUUAAUUUCUCGUAGAUUUUGAGCUGUUUUUUAUACCUGGAAUUUUGUCAAUACUUCUGAUCUUUUUUUUAUAAAUAUAUUAUAUGUAUAUGUGAAUUGUCACUACAGUAAUAUUGUGAAGUUUAUAACAGAUAUCAUGUACAUAUCAUGUAUUGUAGGUCGGGGAGCACAUGGGGCAAACGAGCCUCAGAGUUCAGCUGCUUGUUUUGUGUAACAGAUAAUAAAAAAAACCAUUGGAGUUUUACUCAA